AUGUCCUCCCCACCUCUCCUCGACCACCCCUCACUCUCCUCAACCUACACCCCAGGCUCCACCCACUCCGAAGCAGCCUCCCUCUCCUCCUCCUCAAUCGGUCCGAACCCGCUCUCCUCCUCCCAAGGCCGUUUCUUCCUCGACUCGUACGGCCGCCGACUACUCCUGCACGGCGCGAACGUGAGCGGGCUCAACAAGCUCCCUUCUGAGCCGAAUGGGUUUACGCAUCGAGAGAUGGGCGAGGAGUGGUAUGACGGGGAGGGGGUGUCGUUCGUUGGACGACCGUGGCCGUUGGAGGAGUCCCACGAGCACCUCUCCCGCCUACGCAACUGGGGCCUGACCUUCAUCCGCCUCGUCGUACCCUGGGAAGCGCUCGAGCACUCCGGACCCGGUCUCUACGACACCUCCUACCUCUCCUACCUUCACUCCCUCCUCUCCCUCUUCCCCCAAUACGGCCUCAAAUGCUACAUCGAUCCGCACCAAGACGUCUGGUCCCGCCACUCGGGCGGUUCAGGCGCCCCAACUUGGACACUCACCCUGAUCGGCCUCGAUAUCCGGUCUUUCAAGCAGACGGGCGCUGCGCACGCGCAUAACCUCCAUCUCGAGCCGGACGAUCCACCGCCGAAAGUCUGGCCGAGCGGAAUGACCAAAUUGGCGGCUGCGACGGCCGCGACGGUCUUCUGGGCCGGGGAGGUUUUUGCGCCGAAGAGGAGGGUGAGGAGGAGGUUGCAUCAGGGAGAGUGGGGGCGGGCGGGGAAGGAGGACGAGGAGGUUGGGUUGCAGGUCUUCUUGCAGGAGAGUAUGUGCGAGGCGUUUGGAGUGCUCGCGGAUAAGUUGAGGGAUUGCGAGGCGGUCAUGGGCUUCGAGGUCAUGAACGAGCCUCAUCGCGGCUACGUCGAACUCCUCUCGCCCUACUCGUGGGACUUCAACACCGACCUCGCGAUCGGCUAUUUCCCCUCCGCCGUCCAGUCCUGGGCCCUCGGACUCGGCCACCCCGUUCUGAUCCCUCACUACGCCCCCUCGUUCCCCGUCACCUCGAUAACGCACCACGUCCUCCUCCGUCCUCCUCGGCGCUCAUCAGCCUGGCUCUCCCCCUCCUCUCCCGCAUACCAGAACCUCCCGACGAGCUCGACGGGUUGCAUCUGGCGCGAACAUGGGGUUUGGGAAUGGGAUGAGCGGAAGGGAGAAGUCGGGGAGGGGGUGGUGUUGAAGCAGGAGUACUUUCGACGCUUUCCGGAGGACUGUGUGGUUGAGGGGUGCGCGGAGGUUGAGGGCGGGAAGGACGGGCGGAAGGGCAGGCGGAAGCAGGGAGAGGAGGUGGAUUGGUACCGCGACUUCUACUUCCCCUUCGUCCGCAAGUUUUCGGCUCGGACGAGAAGACCGCCUAAUCCGCAGAGCUGGAUCACUCUCGCCGAGCCAAUCCCGAACGAGUUCUGCCCGUCCUACCCUCCUGCCUACCGACCACCCAACUUCGUCUUCACGCCUCACUGGUACGACCUGCAGACGCUGUUCGAGAAGAAGCUCGGGUGGAUGAGUGCGAAUGUGCAGGGGUUAUCGAGCGGCAUGUUCUUGCUCAAAGCGCUGUACUUUGGACGAAAAGGCUUCAAGAAGAACUACACGACCCAAAUCCUCAACAUCCUCCGCCACGGCUACCGUCGAAUCGGCGAAGUCCCCAUCGUUCUCGGCGAGACGGGCUGUCCGUUCGACCUCAACAAUGGCGAGGCGUUCAAGAGCAAGGACUUUCAGUGGCAGGAACGGAUGCUUGAUGCGAUUUGUGAGGCGAUUGGAGAGAAGGGGUUGAGUAACUUCAACCUCUGGACGUACAACCCGCUCAACAACGACGAAUGGGGCGACUCUUGGAACGGCGAGAACUUCAGCUGGUUCUCGCUUUCGGACGUCACGCCUCAAGCGCUUAAGGCUGGCGAAGACGGAGGGGAGGAGGCGUGGUUGAACGUCGGGGCGCGAGUGCUCGAUGCCAUCCAGCGACCGUACGCCUGCAAGACCGCCGGCAUCCCCAUCCGCACCUCCUACGACUUUCACACCCGCCGCUUCACCCUCGACUACAUUAAUCCUAUCCCACCCUCUCACCCGCUCGCCCAGUCCGUCCCGAAACGACUGCAGAACGAGGCGGAACCCGACGCUCCGCCGCUGGUCGGCGUUGAGUGUCGCGCGAGGGAGACCGAGGUCUUCUUGCCGAGGAGGAGGUACGGUCAAGCUGCGAUAGAGGGGAGACUGAAGGUGAAGCUGCGAGACGGAGACGGAGAAUGGCGGUAUGAUGAGGAGCUCCAAACGCUCUACAUCCUACACCGCAACACCGCUUCCGGCUUCGUCCACUCUCUCGUUGUCACCGUCUCUGGCCCGCCAGACCGGCCCCCCCUGCGCAAGUGGUACGAGCCGCCCAGCUGGGUCUUCGAGGUCGACCUCGUCUGGGUUCAGCUGUUCAUGGUCAUCACGAUUGGGUUGUACAUGGGGUACUGGUUGAUCGGCGAGGGAUGGAACGGAUGGUUCGGCGGAUACGGCUGGCGAGGGUACACCGAGAUGGCACCCUUAGAAGGCGAGUUGUAG